AGGUAUGGCGAAGGAGAACAGGAGUAUGUUCAAUCUAGAGGAGGCAUCUAUGGAUAUGCCAACACAAACUCAUGAGAAAAUGAUAAUGCCGUUUGCUGAGCUGAAAAUACCAAAUGCUCGGAAUUACGUCAACAAACCGCUCGGCCAAUUCGCCUGCGCUAUAUGCGGCCGUUCGUACAGGAGGAAGGACUCGUUGCAACGCCACAAGCAGUGGGAGUGUGGCAAAGAGCCACAAUUUAAAUGCCCAUAUUGCCCGCAACGUUGCAAACGCAAAUCACAUUGGCAACGUCACAUACGUCGCCAGCAUCAGGAUAAAGUAGAUACGAAGCAGUUCCUAGAUACGUAUAUUUAA